AUCAUCAUCUUCAUCACCAUCAUCAAUAAGCAAGCUCAUCAAGUCCCACACGAUUUAAAUUCCUGUUUUUGCAGUUAAAGAUUGUAUUCUGCUUUGUGAGUUUCACAUCGUUAAUCAUGGAAAUGGAUGGAAGCACUCUGGUGAAGGUGGUGCUCUUCAUUCUGGUUCAAGGCCUCGUUUAUCUCAUUCUCUCGCAAUCGUCAAACGUUUUCUCCAAACUGCCGCGAUCGCACAGCUUCAAGACGGCCAGGACCCUCAGCAUCCGUCGCUGGGCCGCUGCCCUAGCCGAUAUUCCUGCAGCCAGCGGUGAAGCAUCUCCACAACCAAGGGAUUUUUCCGCUCCUUCAGCCGGAAGGAUUAAUCUUUCAUAUUUUUUGGUAUAUUCUUUUCUUCUUUUCCGUUGUAUGUACAUAUUCAUAUUGGUAUUGAUAUCUAUCAUAUGUUAUUUUCAUUUUCCAGUCAUCCCAUUCCAAUAUACUACUGUCUACGGAGUAGUUUAUUUGAUCAAUUAUUUUUUUGAAUCCGGCCAUUUGCUUCUUCACGGCGUUUUCUCGUUGGAAAUAGCGCCGGCGAUGGCUUCAAAAUUGUGA